CACCUGGCCUCGCCAGCGCCAGUCGCGACCGAGCCGCUGCCGUGUGCGGCCAUGACACGCACUCCCUGACGUCCCGCCCACGUUUCACUGCUGACUUCUGCUACAACGACGUCCUGCGGAACACUUGUGCGUCGCCGGUGCUUUCUGUUCUCCGAGACAAAGACACGUGUUUAGUUGCUGGAGGCGCCAUGGCUAGCGUGUCGUCCGCUGUGCUUCGUUUCGCCGCGGCAGUGCUGCUGAACGCCUGCUUCAUAAAGGGUGCGGCGGCGCUGUUGGACCAGGAGUUCUCGCCGGUGGUGACGGCCAGCUGCAAGGCGGGCUACAUGACCAUCAGGGUCAACACCAACCAGUCCUUCCACGGUGCAAUCCAGGCCCGGGACACGCGGCAAGCGCCUUGCAUCGCGCUGGGCGACGGCGGCCACGUCACCACGCUCACCGUCAACCUCAUGGCGACGCCCGGCGCGCCCGACUACUGCGGCGUCAUCGUCAACAACAAGACGGAGGAGCGGAAGGUUCCGGUGGCGGUGCGCAUCCACCGCACGCUGGAGCUGGCCAACGACAAGUUCUACGUCAUCACGUGCGGCAAGGCGGGCUUCCGGAACGCCAACAACCAGACGUCGCUGGUGUCGCUCAAGCUGCUCGACCACGACCGCAAGGUCACUGAGGUCGUGUAUGGCCGCCCCUACACGCUGCGCGCCGACAUCUCACGCCCCGAUGGCAUGUACGGCAUCCGAGUGAGGUCCUGCUUCGCCUUCAGCAAGCAGAACGCCAACGUAUCGCUGAUCGACGACAGAGGGUGUCCUGUGUCACGUCAGGUGAUAUCGCCACUCAAGUACAACCAAAAGGAAGGAUGGGCAGAGGCCACCAUUUACUCUAUGUUCAGGUUCCCAGACAGCACACAGGUCAAUUUGCAAUGUGACAUUGCCGUCUGCAAAGCUGGUACAUGUUCUGAACCAGCAUGUCCAGAUGAUCUGGAACCACUCGCAAGAACUGUGACAAAAGAUAUCUACACAGAAGCAGCUCCUGAGGAUGGUGUCUUGAUGGCUAGUACCAGUGUCUUUGUACUGGAUGCCGGAGACGCUCCCCAACUGGAGAGUAUUUGUGACAAUUCAAUAAAUCCUCCUUGGCUGCUGUAUCUCUGUAUAGCAUUUGGAAUAAUGUUUCUAAUAAUGUUGAUUAUCAACGUCUUCCUUUGCUCUGCCAUGACCUGCAGCUGUGCUCGAACUGAAGUUAUUGAGAAAGAACCAAGUAUCAUAGAAGAGUACGAUCCAUACCGCAGUUGGCAUGGAUCACAGUAUGGAUCGAGGUACUCUCUCAAUGGUGGCAAACAAGGGUACACCUCAGGAGGCUCAACCAUGAAUUCAACUAGAUCAAUGUCAACAAACAGUGACCACUAUGCAAUUGUGCACUCUCGGCCAGGUUCACGGUUCUCUCAGAAGGCUGCAACUCUGUCACACCCACAACACCGUGGCCCUCCCUCCCAUAUGGAUUCACACUAUUCAGGAAAGAUGUAAUGCCCUGACCGACUCUUUUGUGGAAAUUAUUUGAGUGGAACAUUACAGAUUACAAGGAGUCAUAAAAGUUGAGCCCUUAAGGAGCACUGAAUUAGAGCAUGUGAUGUUACAUUAGUCUUUCUUCACCAAAUGUUGAAACAUUUGAGUAUCACCACAGUCAUAAGAAUUUGCAUUUAGUAACAUCCAAUGCUGCGUGUAUGCUAUGAACAUUGAUUCACAUGGAUUUUGAGUAUGGCUGGAGUACUAAAAACUUCUGCAUUUACAGUUCUUCCCCUUUACAAAUCCUUUGACAUUCAAAGGCUUAAAACAAAAGAACUGUUAUAUGCAAAAGUGAAAUGUGUUUGACUUUUCCCACCCAUGUUAUUAUACAUUUGGAAAUAAAUGCAGAGACCAUUUAUUUCUAAACAAUAAGUAAUAUAUGGAGUGUUGAAAAGAAGCACUAAAGUGAUAACAGUGCAAACAGGAGUACACUGUUGAUCACUAAAAACCUAAUUAACAAUUGAUAAGCAUCUUAGGUCUCUAACAGAAUGAAUUAAUGUUAGACAUAUAAGGAUAUACCAUUUACUGUUCCCCAUUGUAACUAUAUACUGAAGAGGAUGUAAAUAUUUUAUAUUUUUAUGUGAUAAAUCUCCUAGGAGCACAGAGAUGUAUUGAUAUUUUAAUACCGUUACAGUGUGAAAACACACAAAAAAUAUUGUAUACCUAACUUCUCUCGCAGUAAAACAUUUUUCAUUACUUUUCUAAAUUAUGUACUGCUUUGGGAAUACAGACAUCACGAAAUAUGAAUGACAAAAAAAAGUCUGUGAUUGCUUUAAAAAAACUGUGGACAUUUGUGAUAAAUCAUAAUUUACCAGAAAAGAAUUCUGUAUUUCUUUGCUAUCUACUUUUGAUAGUGUGAAACUGGUGAGAAAUAUAUUUGUAGUUUUUAAAAUGUCCUAACAUUGUUUCUUUUCACCAUUUAACACUUAAAGUUUAAGAACAUGGAGUUAACAAAUAAAUUGUUCAAUCUGUCAGCUUAAAUCACAAAGUUUUGUAGAUGGAAGAUGCAGACUUUUAGCUAUGAACUUAAAGAAACAGAUUUUGUAUUUCACAUUCAAGUUUUAAACACAAUGUCACAGACAUACCCGUAGCAGAAAUUGUACAUAAGAACAUUGAAAAUUUGAAAAUAAAGUUAUCUUUAAAAAUUAA